AUGUCUUCCGUAUCAACUUUGCCAUAUAUAGGAAGUAAAAUUUCGUUAAUUUCCAAUUCUGAGAUAAGGUAUGAGGGUAUUCUGUACACGAUAAAUACGCAUGAAUCGACUGUUGCAUUACAAAAUGUUAGAUCAUUUGGAACAGAAGGAAGAAGACAACCAGAUAUCCCUCCAUCAAACGAAGUUUAUGACUUUAUAAUAUUCCGAGGGAAGGAUAUAAAAGAUGUAACAGUUAGUGAAGCUGCUAAAACUAUACCGGAUGACCCAGCAAUAGUGUCAAUGAACGUAGCACCAUCGACUAAAAAUAGUUUAACGGAAAAUAUAAAUUAUAACAAUAACAUGAAUAUGAAUAAGACAUUAAAAAUCCCUAAUAAUAUGGUGCAGUCAAAUGAUAGAAAUAUGAACGUAAAUAAUAGAAGAUACUUUAAUAGACCGAAUUAUUAUACCCAUUAUAAUAGUAAUAAUAAUGGUAGUAGAAAUUUUAAUAGUUAUAGAUUUAAAAAUUUUAGAAAAUAUGAAAGACCUAGUUAUGUUAUCGGAGAGUUGGAAUCACAGCCAAACCCUGCACUAAAAAGUAAGUUCAGCCCAGAUUUUGAUUUUAGUACAAAUAAUUUAAAAUUCGACAAAUGCAAUGUAUUAGAUGAAAAGAGUAAGGACACUUUGUCAAUGAACAAUAGUCUUCAAGUAGGUGGUUAUGACAAAAAUUCCAGUUUCUUUGAUAACAUUAGUUGUGAAACAUUAGACAAACAACAAGGAAAAGAUGAAAAGGUUGACAGAGAAAGGUUACGAAUGUUAGACGUUGACACCUUUGGAAUAGCAGCAGCACACUAUAGAGCAAAUGUGCAUAACAGAAAUAAAUUAAGAAAUAACAGAAAUAAUAAAAUGAUGGGGAACUUUAAUUACAUUAAUUAUAAUAAAAAUCAAAAUCCAUUUAAUAGAUAUUCAGCCUUUUAA